AGUUCGUUGUUAACAUAGAAAAUGGCUCCCCCUGCUGCUGCUGGUGCUCCUACUAUUAUUUAUCUCCGUGCUGUCGGAGGAGAGAGUGCUUCUCCUGCUGCACUUGCUCCCAAGGUCGGUCCUCUUGGUAUGGCUCCUAAGAAAGUCGGAGACGAUAUCCAGAAAGCCACUAUGGACUGGAAGGGCUUGAAGAUCACCGUCAAGCUGACUGUGGUCAAUCGUCAGGCUACCGUGGAAGUGGUUCCCAGUGCUUCCUCUCUGAUCAUUCGUGAGCUGAACGAGCCUCCUCGUGACCGCAAGAAGGAGAAGAACGUCAAGCACAACGGAAACAUCACUCUCGACCAGGUCAUUAAGGUGGCGAAGGUCCUUCGUGAGCGUUCCUACGCUAACAAACUCGCUGGAACCGUGAAGGAGGUCCUUGGAACUUGCUAUUCUGUGGGUUGCACCGUGAAUGGACAGCAUCCUUCGGAUAUCAUUGCGGCCAUCGAUAAUGGUGAGAUCGAGGUUCCUGAAGAAUAAGGAAUGCGUGGACGUUUUGGAUUUGGGCAAUCUUUCUCU